CAUAACAACUACAAAGAUUGUUCUUCUGAACAUGAUGCCGAACCAAUUUGCAAUUUGAUGCAAUUUAUGUAUAAAAGAGUUCCAAUUUCUAAAUAUAUCGCACGAGAUGCAGAAAAAACAAGAUAAAAAAAUUUCUGGAUACGACGAAGAAGCCUUGCUAGAAGCUCUUCGAGAGAAGAAGGAAAAGAAGGAGAUGGAGGAGGAUCGCUCAUCGCCAGAAGCAACCUCGGCGAAUAUCAUACCGAUUUAUGAUGCCGCCAUUGUUCCCGUAGCGAAAGAUGAAUCUAGGGAGCAAGAAAUAGAGGAACACGAAAUACUAGUUGAGGAAGGAAUUGCUGAACCUGUGGACAACCAGCAGCAAUGGUUUGGUGAACAGAUGGAGAACCAGCGGCAAUGGUUUGGUGAACAGAUGGAGAACCAGCGGCAAUGGUUUGGUGAACAAUUGGCAAUCGUUCAGCAAUCGAUUGCGGAGUUGAAGGAAUUGUUGGCAUCACCACACGCAGCAACAACAUCAUCUCAGCCGAUGCCCCGGCAACAGAACCAAGUAACCCACCCACCAACAUCAGCAGUUCAGCUUCAGCUUCCAGCAAAUACUAAGCACAGGCUUGAUUUGCUGGAAGCUGCGGCAGCACAUACAGAAUAUUUCUCCAUCGUGGAGCAACACGUGGAGAAAUACAUAUCAGAGAACGAUGUUAGAAAGCCGACGUUUAGCCAUUUACUUGAAAGUAUAUUUACAAAAGAAUUCCUGAAAACAUGCAAAUGGAAAAGACGUACAGAUGAGGGCGACAUAAUUUUUAAAACUAACAUUAACUGCUUAAAUUUACUGACUAAACUUCUACAACAAGAGAAAUACAAUAACACCACCAAACGUCUAGGCUUGCAGGAUGUAAGGAUUAAAAUGAAAAGUUAUUUAAGUAAUAUUAGAUUUAACAAUCGUAAUAACGCUAGUUAGUUUACCUCCACUGUAAGUUUACCUUGUAAUUCAAACACAUCCAUACGAACAAGUUUUGGAUACGUUGAUGGAGCGUCACGCAUAUGGAAAGAUGGCCGCAGAGUUGAGGUCCCGGCGAGAGGUUUGAGCCUUAGAUUUAGAUCCGACAGUUCGAACUGUUGGAUAUUGGUAUCUGCAGGGCAGGAUAAUGUGCAUGUUGUAAAAUUCAACCGAGCUUCAAAUAGUCCUUCGCUACAGUUGAAAGGAUGCCGGCAUAUUGAGCCUGCAUUCAAACAUGAAGGUUUGAUCAACAAUUUCGCUUACGAAGAGUAUCCUAAUAUUUUUGCUACUUUUAGAUGACUUCGCUUGCACAUAUUAUUAUCUUCAUGAAUUUUACGCUUAACAUCCACAUACUCGCAGGGCAGGUUCAUCAUUGCAAACAUAUUUUUCAUUAAAUCCAUUUCCUUGGUUUUAGAUAUAACAAUUUAGAUUUAGGUGUAGAUGAUCUUUGCUGGUGUUUGUUUGGUGUGGUGAAACUAACUAGCCUUAUUACAAUUAUUAUAUUAUUAUUAUUAUAUCUUCUUCCGGCUACAGCCUUGAAUUUGCGCGAACUAUCAUGAAUUGUUGAAUAAAUUAG